GAGAAUCAGCUCAGUUUUUUUCUACAACGGGGAGAAGACGAUGAUACUUUCCAGCUUCAAAAGCUUCUUCAUUUAUUAUUAUUUGAGCUCGUUAUUCCACCCAAGCAAUGGUUUUGAGGUGAUCCAGCCACAGAAUAAGACGAAUAACCCAGAUACAGUUUUCAUCAGCUGUAACUUUACAGCAAACACUGGGACAAUUGUAGAUGUUCGACUCAACAAGGUUUUACCAGAGAAAAAGAUGCUCUGUCAGACUGAAUCUCAAGCCUGUCAUAACAUUAUCGUACUUAAAGACACUCCAUUCAAGUACUUAUUCAUCUUACUCAAUGCUGGGCCAGAGGCAUGGACCUCGAAGUAUGAAUGUGAGUGGUCAGCAUCAAAAGAGGAUGGGACGGACAUAACCGUGUCAAGUGCAGCAAACACAUUAAUUAAACUGCAACUACAAGGUCAACUGGGAACGACACCACAGUGUACUCCUCCCCCUUCACCUCCUCCCCCUCAGUCCCAUCAGCUCAUGUGGAUUUUGAUUGGUCUGCUGGCCCUGAUGUUUGUGUACAGCUGUAUCAUCACCUCCUUCUACAUGAGGCUUAUGAACAGCAGCAAAGAUUGUGAAAACUCCACCUAUGUUGAAAUGAGGAACGUUCCAGUUCAGCUGCAUCCUCACCACAUUUACAAUACUAUGCAAAAGGCUUGAGCUGCCCCUCGUUUCUUUAUAUCUUAUUAGGAAAAUGGUUCAACAAUGUAUUAAAACAUGUAAAAAUACAUGGAAAUACAGUAUCUGCAGUAUAUGUGUACACAAAUGUAUAAACAGAGUAAGGAACUUUAAAUAUUUCAUAUGACCAACCUUAUUCUUCUACAUAGCCUGAACUCUCAUAGGCAAGAUUCUGGCUGCCUUUAUUCCAUUUUCCAUUGAGAUAGUGUUGAGGCCCAGACCAUGACUAACAGUUUUCUACCCAGAUAUGCUUUUUUUUGGAUUUCUCAAUCCAUACGACCUGUUGACACUGACUGAAUAGACUGUAAAGUAGGCAUUGAUGAAAGUAUAACUGUAAAAGAGCUUUAGAAAUCUUAGAGAACUGCUGAUCAUGAGCAGUUUAAAAUGUUACAAGAAAGUUUAGCUCCUUAGAAGCAAAAUAUAAAGAAAUGAGGGUCGCUCAAGACUUUUGCACAGUACUGUAGCUCACUCAUCUGUCUUCAGUAUCUUCAAAAAGAAGACGUGAACAGCUCAUAUUGUGCUCUCAACAUUUUGUUCUUCAGUGUUUGACAGUUCAUUAAGUUGUAUUGUGCAAUAGCAGAAAACCUGUGCAGUACUGAAGUAAAGAGGGGGGUGGACUGACCUCUUAAAGACAAAUGGUUUUAUUGACCUAUAAUAUUAUCCAUUAGUUUAAUCUUUUUAAAGUCUUACUUUAUUAAAAGAAUGUCAGCUAUUGAUUUGAUGUAAUUCCUCAAAAUAGUAAGUGUGGAUUGUACAUCUAGCAUCGUGGUUGGGUUUUGUCUCUGACAUGUUGAAACCUCAUGAUUCUUCCCUGCUCUUAGGUCUUCAGGUCAGAGGUCACGGUUGGUCCUACGUACCAAACCUGUGGGGAUCGGGCUUUUCACGCACCAAAGCUGUGGUAUUCUCUUCCAUUGUCUUUACGCCACUGACUCUUUCAAAAAGCAGCUGAAGACAUUUCUAUACAAACAAGUUUUUAAUUAAUUUUUUCAUUGUUUUGUUUUUUUUAUAUUUCUGGUUUUAUUGUGAAGCACUUUGUGAUUUUUAUCAGUAAAAAGUGCUAUAAAUACAUCUUACUUACUUUUCUAAAUCUUCAAGGAAACUUUGCCUUAAUCUUGUAUUCUAAUUACAAUAUUUUAUACUAUGUUUUCUGCACACGCACACAACAAUGGUACAAUUUCUAAUUAUUGCUGGAGGGGAACAGAAAAUCAUUGUACUUGUCAUCACAUGUAGCAAAUAUCAUACCUUGACUUUUGAAUGGCCUGUUGUCUUUAUGUGUCUUUUAUUUAAAAAUAGAU